AUGCCUGCGCUCUGGGCUCUGCUGGUCCUCGGCUGCCUGCGGCUCGGCUCAGCUGUGGACCUCCAACCCCAGCUGGCCAGCGUCACUUUUGCCACUAACAACCCCACACUUACCACCGUGGCCUUGGAGAAGCCACUCUGCAUAUUUGACAGCUCUGCCGAGCUCAUUGGCACCUACGAAGUCUACCUCUACGUCCUGGCUGAGACGGCCAGCCUCAGGAAUGCCUCAGUGCAGGACCACACAGGUGCCCCGCUGAGCUCAACCUUCCGGCAGACGGAGGGUGGGUACACAGGCCCCUACAGAGCCGCAGCCUUCCAGCUACAGUCCUGCAGUGACCUACCCAGCCUGGAUGCCGUCGGGGAUGUGUCCCAGGCCUCGGAGAUCCUGAACGCAUACCUAGUCAAAGUGGGUGCCAACCGAACCUGCCUGUUUGACCCCAACUUCCAGGGCCUCUGCAACCCGCCCUUGUUGGCGGCCACAGAGUACAGGUUCAAGUACGUCCUCGUCAACACGUCCACGGGUUUGGUACAGGACCAGACCCUCUGGUCAGACCCCAUCCGCACCAACCAGCUCACCCCGUAUUCGGCAAUCGACACGUGGCCAGGGCGGCGCAGCGGCGGCAUGAUUGUCAUCACGUCCAUCCUGGGCUCCCUGCCCUUCUUCCUGCUCGUGGGGUUCGCGGGCGCCAUCGUCCUCAGCUUCGUGGACCUGGGGAGUCCAGAUGGGGAGACGACGCAUGACUCCCAGAUCACGCAGGAAGUGGUCCCCAAGUCCCUGGGGACCUCGGAGCCUUCCUACACAUCUGUGAACCGGGGGCCUUCCCUGGACAGGGCUGAGGUGUAUUCCAGCAAGCUGCAGGACUGA